CAAAUGAUUGUGCAUUUUUUCCUCGUGCUUUAAACCAAAUGGAUGAGACAAGAAAUGCAGAUACCAGGACAAUAGGAUGUCCUUAUUGACUGUUAACUCGGUUAGUACUGUAUACGAGUGUGUUUACUUUGGUUAAAAAUUCGCUAUGUUGACAAGUCACCGACAAGUGAUGUUUAGAAGCCAAAAUUAUGCUAAUUUAUAUUUUUGAAGUUACUUUGGUGUUGACAACCGCCUAGCACUUGGGCAACAUAAACAUGCCUCAGCUGAUGAAAUGGCUGGCGUUGGGACUUGUUGCGUGGCUGUGUAUAACGCUCAUCGUUAGUAGAACGUUGCUGAAGCAGUAUCUCUCCCCAAGGGUUGCGAACCACGCCUCUCAAAGGGACGUGUUGCUCCUAAAGACUUUGGAUGAUGUACUGGGGCACAGCGAAGGGCACUUGAAAAACCUGCCCAAAGAUGCCCGGCCAGUUACACAGAAGGAAGGCCAGGCAUUCAGACGAGGUGUAAGCUCAAAAUCCAAUGACAACAGACCUCUCCGGGAUUUUGAACUCGUAAACGGUGAUAUUUCAAAUAACAGACAAGGAGGCACGGGCGGCAUCAAGGAGCAUAAUAAUGUCUUGAAAGAUAUUAACAGGAAUGGACAUGAAUUCAAGCAGAACAUUAAAGGUGCACCGAUAGACGACUUAAGAUUCCGUAACGGCUCUUACAGAGUUCAUGGGAUUCAAGGAACAGGCCUUGGUGGUCAGAGAGACAAUAAGAUGCUACAGGAAGGCAGUCUUCGCCGGGAGAGAAACUUCACUGGAGAUCGUGCUCUUGAUUCAGAGAAAUCUGCACCUUUAGUGAAAAUCCAGGCCGAGGGGGAGAAAACAGAGAAUAGCACUGUUAGUGACCCGGAAUUAAUUAAGUAUAACUUGUAUCUGUCAAAUUUAGCAGACGAGCCACAGUACCGUCUAAUGAAGAAACCUUACAUCGUAAAUCAGCUAGAUUUCAGUUUAAUGGUGUCGCCUCCCGCCGCCUUGUGUCAAGGCAAAGUGAUGCUUUUAAUUGUGAUUUUGUCUACGUACCAGAACAUAGAUCGCAGACGCAUGAUAAGAACAACCUGGGGGGCGAGGGAAAGACUUCCAGAAAGCGUUCGCCUUGCCUUUAUUUUCGGUCGCAGUGUAGACGACCCUCUGGACAAAGAAAUAGCCAGAGAGGGGGCUCUGUAUAAUGACGUCAUACAAUACGACUUUGCUGAAUCGUAUCAAAAUUUAACCCUCAAGUCUCUGUCAAUCCUCCGCUGGGCAACCGAGCACUGUCCGCAUGCGCAGUUCGUUUUGAAAGCAGACGACGACGUCCUCAUUCUCCCUGAAAAGUUGCUUUUUAUUUUACUGAGCACAAUUCCACGAAAAGUGCUCAUGGGGAUGCAUAAUAAAAUCCCCGUGGUCUUACGUGAGGGUCGGUGGGGUGUCUCUCGUGAGGUAUUCCCUUAUCCAUAUUUCCCGCGUUAUCUAGCAGGACCAGCUUACCUUAUGUCUGGGGACGUCGUGAAUAGGUUAUUCGAAACUGCAAAGCGCGUGCCAUUGGUGCCGAUAGAGGACGCCUACAUCACGGGAAUUCUCGCACGCAUAGCUAUAAUUCCGACUCGGCAAGAACCGGGUUUUGAUGUCACUAAGAGAUAUGUGGCAGCACCGAACGUCACUGCUUGUGAAAUUGUGCCCUCCAAGUCAUUUGCUUUACAUUUCGAUUCUCACGCUUUGGACGCGACGUCCCUAGUCCAUAGCAUGUAUAAAACGAUCAAAGAAUUGCUGAGUAAUUGUACGACGAAUAUUGCCAUCAGGAGAUAUUGGCAAAUUAAGAAGAGUGAAAAAACUUAA